AGGUGAUGACCUUCUUUCCGCGAUAUAUAAGCGUCGGCAUGGAGUAGAGGCCAUAGAGAAGUGAAGUCCGAUUGCCGUGGAAAUACAUAUUAUAUCACUGCUGCCGACCGCCUACACCUGGGUGACAACGUGCAACCAUGAGGUUACUGAUACUUCUGGGAUUGGCGCUGUGCGCGGUGGUGUGCCUUGCCGCUGACGACUACCACUACGAGAGACCGUACAACCCGAUCUUCUACAGUCUGAAGCGGCAGGAACUUGCGAAGAAGCUGAAAUUCGAUCGCGUUCAUAAGAAGAGUACCACCGGCAAGACGGAGGUGCACCACCACUACUACGUGCACGGACAAGGCGGCGGAGGAGGAUACGGCGGAGGAGGAGGAGGAUACGGCGGAGGAGGAGGAGGAUACGGCGGAGGAGGAGGUGGUGGAUACGAAGGAGGCAACCAGGGUGGUAGCUACGGAGGUAACCAGGGCCGAAGCUACGGAAGCAACCAGGGUAGUAGCUAUGGAGGAACCCAGGGUAGAAGUCAGGGUAGUAGCUAUGGAGGAACCCAGGGUACAAGUCAGGGCAGCAGCUCUGGAGGAACCCAGGUUACAAACCAGGGCAGCAGCUACGGAGGAACCCAGGGUAGAAGUCAGGGUAGUAGCUAUGGAGGAACCCAGGGUACAAGUCAGGGCAGCAGCUCUGGAGGAACCCAGGUUACAAACCAGGGUAGUAGCUAUGGAGGAACCCAGGGUAGAAGUCAGGGUAGUAGCUAUGGAGGAACCCAGGGUACAAGUCAGGGCAGCAGCUCUGGAGGAACCCAGGUUACAAACCAGGGUAGUAGCUAUGGAGGAACCCAGGGUAGAAGUCAGGGUAGUAGCUAUGGAGGAACCCAGGGUACAAGUCAGGGCAGCAGCUCUGGAGGAACCCAGGUUACAAACCAGGGUAGUAGCUAUGGAGGAACCCAGGGUAGAAGCCAGGGUAGUAGCUAUGGAGGAACCCAGGGUACAAGUCAGGGCAGCAGCUCUGGAGGAACCCAGGUUACAAACCAGGGUAGCAGCUACGGAGGAACCCAGGGUACAAGCCAAGGCACCAGCUACGGAGGAACCCAGGGUAGAAGCCAGGGCAAUAGCUACGGAGGAACCCAGGGUAGAAGCCAGGGCAGCAGCUACGGAGGAACCCAGGGUAGAAGCCAGGGCGCCUGA